AUGUGCCAUCUACUGGUGGGGGUUGAGCAUCAAGCCUUCUGGGCUAUUAAGGAGAUGAACUUGAACGCAGAGGCCUGCACUGAAGAGAGGAAAUUACAGCUGCAGGAGCUUGAAGAGCUUCGCCUCGAUGCGUAUGAUUCAGCCAUGUGGUAUAAAGAAAGAACGAAGAUGUGGCAUGACAAGAAUCUCCGAAGGAAGGAGCUCAAGGUAGGGCAAAAGGUGUUACUUUUCCAGUCAAGACUCAAACUGAUGCCGGGAAAGCUGAGGUCAAGGUGGGCAUGCCCCUAUACCAUUGUGGCCAUACGUGCAAAUGGAGCAAUCGAACUCCAAGGAAGCGACCCUAAUUCGUCUUCCUUCUUGGUGAAUGGCCAUCGGGUGAAACCUUACAGAGAUGAAAGUGAGGUGUGCGUAGUGGAAGAAUUUCCACUACUCAUACCUGAAUCUCUCCAGUGA